AUGGCGCUGUAUGAGGCGUGGCACUUGCUGGCCACCAUGUGCACACUGCAUGUGGCCUUGGCGCUUACCACACUGUGCCCACUGUGGCCCUCGGGGCUAGGGACAGGUGGUAUCCAGACCCCGUGCACCAGCCUGGCUUGGCUCCUGGUGCAGAAAUUCACAGACAAACAUGAAUGGAUAACAAAGGGAAAUGGCAUUGGAACAGUUGGAAUCAGCAAUUUUGCACAGGAAGCUUUGGGAGAUGUUGUUUACUGUUGUUUUCCCGAGGUUGGGACAAAAUUGAACAAACAAGAUGGUGCUUUGGAAAGUGUGAAAGCUGCUAGUGAACUUUACUUUCCUCUACCAGGAGAAGUAACAGAAAUUAAUUAA